GUAGUUUGUUUCUGUGUUUGUAUUCUGUAUUCCAGUGGUUCAAUUUUGUUUGUUUGUUUGUUCGUUGUUUUCCUCAUCAUCAUUUGCCUUAAUUUGCCUCAUUUUACCUGAAAAUUUUUUGUUUUGUUUUUUCUUUAAUCUGUGAUCAUCACCCAUUUCUCAAUAUUGUUCAUCGAUUGAUUGAUUGAUUGAUUGAAUCCAUCUACCGAAAAGAAAAAGCAAAAAAUGUACGGUCUACUUAUUGAAAAUAUUAUCCAAUAUAUACAGGAUAAUUUUGGUGUUGAUAAAUGGAAUGAAAUUCGCCGACAAGCACAGAUUGAAGAAACAAGUUUUCAUACACAUACUGUUUAUCCGGAUGUUUAUACUAAAAAUAUUAUCGAUAAAGCUUGUAAGACACUACGUAUAUCGGAAAAACAAUUAUUACUUGGUAUUGGUGAAUCAUUUGUUACAUUUAUUGGUCGUUAUGGUUAUGAUGUUGUACUAUCAGCAUUGGGAAGAGAAUUUAGCGAUUUCCUAAACAGUUUGGAUGAUUUACAUGAAUAUUUACGGCUUAGUUAUCCCAGAUUGAAACCACCAUCAUAUUUUUGUGAUAAUGAAAAUGAAUAUGGUCUUAUUUUACAUUAUCGAACGAAACGUAAUUUUCUAUUAUGGUAUACUGUUGGACAAAUACUUAAAGUUGCAAAAUUAUUUUAUUCAACCGAUGUUGAAGUUGAAUUAUUAAGCGAAAAUCAAGAAAUAAAUGAAUAUCAUUUUAUUUUACAAUUACAUUUUGAUAAUCGUGUUUAUUUGGAACGUUUACGUAAUGGUAUUGGUGAACAUCAACAUCAUAGUAAUCAUCAUGGUAGUUUAUCAUCAAGAUGUUUAUCAAGAUUAUCAAUCAAUUCACCAUUACUUUAUACAAAUAAUUUUAAUAAUAACAACAACAACAAUAACAAUAACAAUAACAAUAAUAAUGAUUCAUCGAAUAGCCGUGAAAGUCCAAUCAAAAUACAAAAUUAUCAAUAUUGUCCAUUAUCACAGCAACAACAUUUAAUUCUGAAUCGUAAUGUUUCACCAUCACCAUCACCAUUAUCGAUACAAUCAUCAUUAUCACCAUCACCAUCACCAUCACCAUUACCACCAUCAUCAUCAACUACCACACAAACACAAUUAACACAAUUUUAUUCAUUAAAUAAUUCAUUAGAACAUAUAAAUCUAUCACCAAUUACAUUAGAAUUAUUUAUGGAUAUAUUUCCAUUCAAUAUUGUAUUUGAUUCAAAUAUGAAAAUCUGUCAAAUUGGUAGUUGUUUAAAGAUGGUUUGUCCAAAUAUUUUAGGACAAAAUUUAACCAAAGUAUUUUCAUUAAUUAAACCAAAAAUUGAUUUCAAUUGGGAAUCGAUAUUACGACAUACAAAUACAACGUUUGAAAUAAAACUGGAUAUUUUACUUAAAAGUGGUAAUAAUAGUAGCCGUAUUAUACGUGAAUUACGUAAUAAUAGCCGAUCAAAUUUGGCCGAUUAUGAAAUGAUGAAUCGUAGUGAUGUUGAAAUUGCACGUGAAGUUAAAUAUCGUGAAGAAUAUGGUCAAUUACCAAAUCAUGUUACUGUUUUAAAUGAUUCAUCACCUGUUGGUGAUAAUAAUCAAUCAUUUUUAAAAUUAAAAGGACAAAUGAUUUAUUUUGAUUGUUGGAAAUGUAUUUCAUUUCUUGGUGCACCAAAUGUCGCAAAUCUAGAUACAUUAAUCAAAACAGGAUUAUAUUUAAAUGAUUUAAGUAUGCAUGAUUUUUCACGUGAUAUGGUAUUAGCUGGUCAACAACAAAGUGCAGAAUUAAAACUUGCAUUAGAUCAAGAAUUACGUAAAAGUCGUCAACUGGAAAUAACAAUAAGAAAAUUGGAUGAAGAAAGACGUCGAUCAGAUGAAUUAUUAUAUCAAAUGAUCCCUAAAAAGAUUGCCGAUAAAUUACGUGUUGGUGAAAAAAAUAUUGAAACAUGCCAGUAUUUUGCAUCGGUAACCAUACUGUUUUCGGAUAUUAUAAAUUUUACUGAAAUUUGUAGUAAAAUUGCACCAAUGGAUGUUGUUAAUAUGUUGAAUGAAACAUAUACUUGUUUUGAUCGUCUGACCGAAAAACAUGAUAUUUAUAAAGUUGAAACAGUUGGUGAUGCUUAUAUGAUUGCUGGUGGUCUGCCGGUUCACCAGGAAGAAAGUAGUUAUAAUCAUGCACGUAAAGUUUGCCUUGCUGCUAGAGAUAUGAUACAUGCUUGUUAUCAGAUUCGUGAUCCAUCACGUGGUAGACAUAUUAAAAUUCGUAUUGGUAUCCAUACAGGACCCGUUGUUGGUGGAAUUGUUGGACAAAAAAUGCCAAGAUAUUGUUUAUUUGGUGAUACAGUAAAUACAUCAAGUCGUUUGGAAACAACAAGUGCUAAAAUGAAAAUCCAAAUUAGUGAAGUAACCCAGCGAUUAUUGGAUCCAAAUGAAUGGAUCAUUCGAGAACGUGGUACAAUCCGUUUGAAAGGUAAAGGAAUGAUGAAAACAUAUUGGUUAGAAUAUCGUAAAGAUCGUAUGAAUAAAAAUCAAUUGGAUGGCCGAUUGAAAAAUCCAUCGGAUAAUGAUGAUGAUAUUAGUGAUGUUGAACAACAAAAAAUUGAUCCAAAUUUUGAUCCAUUAAAUCUUCAAAGUGGCGGUGGUGGUGAACAAAAUAAACAAUCAACAAAUCAAAACAUACUUGAUGAUAGUAAUUAUUCACUGUUUAUCGAAACAAAUCGUUUUAAAUGGCCUUGUCUUAUUAUUUGAAAAAAUCAAAAUC